AUGGCUGGCGAGGACAAGGACCCACACACCAGCCGCAAGGCGGAGGAGCUGCUGCAGCUGCUGGCGCCGAAGCAGCCUGCCCCGCCACCAGAGCGCCCAGCGGCGCUCUUGCAGCGGGCCAAUACACGAGUGGGCAAGGCCACGAAGGCGCUGGAGAAGGCCCGCCAGCGCUGGAUUCGCACGAAGGACGAGUACCAUGAGGCGCAGACGGCUCUGGAGAGGGCCACAGAGGAGCUGGUGGCAGCGGAGCAGGAUGAGGUGGAGGCGGCCCGCCGCGUCCUGCCCGACAAAGAGGACGAUGAGCAGAGCCCAGUCAUCGACGUCGGCACGGCCAUCCGCGACGGCAUCAAGCUACAGUUCUCGUUCGGAAAGUUGCUCGACGGGUUGGAACCCCAGGAGGCUGAUCGCAAGAUCGUGGAGGAGCGGUCAGGGGCCGUCAACACGUUGCUCCAGAAGGCGAUCAGGGAAGCGAUGGGAGGCCUCACCGCCGACCUUGAGAACAUCCAGAAGGAGAUGGCCGAGGCGACCGGCAGCCUGCAGGCGCGGGAGGGCCGAGCGGUGCCCCAGCCAGUGUCGAGCCGCCCAGAGCAGCUGGAGCCGAGAGCGCUCCAGUGGUGGCCGACAAGAAGGAGGCCCUGCAGCAGGAGGUGGACGCAGAGAUCCAGCGGGCGCGGCAGAGAGUCCAGCAGUCGCUUUGACGGCAGCGAGGCUCAGAGUCGGGACUACACGCGGUACAUGAGGAACCUGUCCAGGUGUGGACCCACAGCCAAGCACCUCCUGCAGACGCGCGAGCAUGACUUCUACGUCCUGCCAGAAGUUCACACGCGUCCAGAGGAGGCAGAUGAGCAUUUAGAAGUGUGGGCGCGAGCAGGUUACAAGCCAGUUUUGACUCCGAGCCGCGCAUCGGAGAACAGUAUGAGGCCAGGCGGAGUUUCCGCAGGCUGCAGAAAGGUUUUACAGUUCGAAUCGUUUCGCCAUCUCUCGAGUGAGCCCAACGCCACGCUGGGCAUGCGAGAUCUUCAGAAGGGACAGCAGCCUGUCGCCAGCGGCGUAGAUUUUCACGACGUUGUAGGCUUCCAGACGAAAGUAACAGGACAGGCGUUUAGCAUCUUUGGCAUCUAUCUUACCACAGGAGUGGGCUUGCGAGGCGAGAACACCCGCAAACUCGCCAGCCUGGGCUCCUUGCUGCAGUCCCUUCGCACACCGUGGCUUGUCAUAGGCGACUGGAACUGUGAGCCAGAGGAGCUCCAGGUCAGCGGAUGGCCUCAUUUAGCAGCAGGAGACAUCCGAGUAGCCAGCAAUGUAGAGUAUACAUGUACUGUCUCGCCUUGUCGCAUGCUUGAUUUUUUAGUAUGUCCAGCGUCAGCAAAACACCUCAUAAGUGAGGUUGUGGCAGAUGCGGAGCCCAUCGCGGGGGCGGGCAAGAGCCACUACGGCCCGAUCGUCCGCCUGAGACUAUGCAUGACAGGGGCGUUGCGCAGAGUUCUGAGCUUGCCUAGACCGUCCCAGCAACCGCCGCCAAUGAAGCGGGGUAAGAACCCAGACAGCAAGCGCUCGAGGCGAGCAGCCGCGACAUCGCAGAAGAGAGGCGCAGGGAGUGACGACGCCCCCGCGCAGCAGAGGCAACCAAGGACAAAUAUUACUUUCAAGAGUCCGCCGACGCUCGAGUAUCUCUGCCCAGACGAUUUGGAGGGGGAGGAUUUCGGGGGCGGUGACGGCUGGUCGGACGGAGGUGAGGAGGGGGGCGCAGUUGAGUCCCAGGCGAGCCCUGAGCAGCCAGAGGCGACGGGGUUCAAUCACCUGCUCCAUCAGUUGUCUGCAGCCCAGUUGGAUCAGCUAUGGCACGGGAGGCAGCUAGGCCCCCAUGCCACGAGUAAUUUGCAGCCUCCAGAGUACAUCGAGCAGUCGCUUUCGUUCCAGUUAGAUCGGGAGGCUUCCCUCACGGGAAGUGUGGAGUACGCCCGAUGGGUUUCGCGCAUGGAAGAGUUUUUCAUCCUCGCACACGCCGUGCCACCGCACAAGCGGAACGACUACCGCGGGCGGGGCAAG